AUGGCAUACAACGGGGACGCCAUGAUGGCGCAGAUGGACGGCGGAGAGGACGACAUCGAUGUGAACAUGAUCACCGCCGAGGACUGCUGGACUGUCAUCCACUCUUUCUUCGACGCCAAGGGCCUGGUAUCGCAACAGCUCGACUCGUUCGACGAGUUUGCGAGUACCACGAUGCAAGAGAUUGUCACCGAGACGCCGCCCAUCAUCAUAGACCAAAACAUCGCCGCAGAGGACGAGGAGUCGAACCAGCCGAUCAUCAAAAGACGCGUCGAGCUGCAUCUUGAGGAUGUCGCCAUAAGUCAAGCAGCCAUGACAGAAGGCGACGGCAGUACUCGAGCAUUGUUCCCUCACGAAGCGCGGCUCCGGAACCUAACAUAUGCUUCACCCAUGUUUCUGUCAAUCACAAAGAGGCAAAAGCUUUGUCGAGAGCGAUCUGUGGGUGGGUGGCUGGAUGAUACAGGCUACUGGAAUGACCCGCCGGACCACGACGGGCAGACAGAGUUGCACUGGGAUGAUGACCCAGACAACCCGCCGGAGACACAGAAAGAGAUCUUUAUCGGGAAGCUACCCAUCAUGUUGAAAUCCAAGAUCUGUACUUUGCGGAACCGUAGCGAGCAAGAGCUGUAUGCAUUCCAGGAAUGCCCUUUCGACCAAGGAGGUUAUUUCAUCAUCAACGGCAGUGAGAAAGUCCUCAUUGCGCAAGAGCGGAGUGCUGCAAACAUUGUGCAGGUAUUCAAGAAGAAGGGUACAAACACACCUGUGGUGGCCGAGAUCAGAAGUGCAAUUGAAAAAGGUACACGCUUGAUCAGUUCGAUGCAGCUUAAGCUCUACAAGCAGUCCGCCAACUCGAACGCACACGGCGAGACAAUCAAGGUGUCGGUGCCAUACAUAAAGAGUGACAUUCCAAUUGCGAUCGUCUUUCGGGCGCUCGGCGUUGUCUCCGACGAGGAUAUCCUGAAUCACAUCUGCAACAAGUCCGACACGAAGAUGCUGGAAAUGCUCAAGCCGUGUCUGGAAGAGGCAUUCGUGAUACAGGAUCGGGAUAGUGCCUUGGAUCACAUCGGUCGUCGUGGACAGCAGCAAGGUACGAAGGACCGCAGAAUACGAUACGCAAAAGACAUCAUGCAGAAGGAGUUUCUGCCCCACAUAUCGCAAGAAGAGGGCAGUGAGACCAAGAAAGCAUUCUUCCUGGGUUAUAUGGUAAACAGACUGCUACAAUGCCAUCUUGGUCGCACAGAUGAGGACGAUCGUGACCACUUCGGCAAGAAGCGUCUCGACCUUGCAGGCCCGCUCAUGGCGCAGGUGUUCCGCCUGAAGUUUCAGCAGCUGGUGAAGGACAUGAAGGCCUACCUUCAUCGCUGCGUGGAGACUGGUAGGGAGUUCAACAUCACACUCGCGGUGAAGACGAACAUUCUCACAUCUGGUCUGCGAUACUGCUUGGCGACAGGUAACUGGGGCGACCAGAAGAAGGCGGCAAGUGCCAAGGCUGGGGUGAGUCAAGUGCUGAACAGAUACACAUACGCUUCGACGCUCAGCCACUUGCGGAGAACAAACACCCCCAUCGGCCGUGACGGCAAGAUCGCGAAGCCUCGACAACUUCACAACACUCAUUGGGGUCUUGUUUGUCCCGCAGAGACACCAGAAGGGCAGGCUUGCGGUCUGGUCAAGAACUUAUCCCUGAUGUGCUACGUCACUGUUGGUACUCCUGCAGAACCUCUGGUCGACUUCAUGCGACAACGUGGUAUGGAUCUGCUGGAGGAGUACGAUCCGGUGUUAAAUCCGAAGGCCACCAAAGUCUUCCUCAACGGAACGUGGAUCGGUGUGCACAAGAAUGCAAAUGACCUCACCAACAUGAUGCGCAGCCUUCGACGAAAGGGUGUACUCAGCUUCGAGGUGACCAUCAUUCGCGACGUCAGAGAGCGUGAGAUCAAGAUCUUCACCGAUGCUGGCAGGGUUUGCCGACCGCUGUUCGUCGUCGAGAAUGAUCCCAAGAACCCGAACAACGGCAGCUUAGUCCUACAGCGCGAGCAUUGCCAGAGACUGGCGGAUGACCAAAACGUCCUUGCGGAGCUCGCUGGUGUCAGCGAGGAAGAGCGAGAGCAGAAGGUGUUUGGCUGGAAGGGUCUCGUUGACGCCGGUGUUGUCGAGUACCUCGAUGCCGAGGAAGAAGAGACUGCCAUGAUCAUCAUGACACCUGAAGACCUGGAAGAGCACAAGCUGAUGCGACAAGGCGUGCCAAUGGAGGACACGAGAGCUGAUCCACAUCGGCGUAUCAAGUCGAAGCCGAAUCCGUAUGUCCGGACUUGGACACAUUGCGAGAUCCACCCAGCCAUGAUCUUGGGCAUUUGCGCCAGCAUUAUUCCCUUCCCUGAUCACAACCAGUCUCCAAGGAACACAUACCAAAGUGCCAUGGGAAAGCAAGCCAUGGGUGUGACCUUGACGAACUACAACACGCGGAUGGACACUAUGGCGAAUGUGUUGUACUAUCCCCAAAAACCACUUGCGACUACGCGCAGCAUGGAGUAUCUCAAGUUCCGAGAAUUGCCUGCAGGACAGAACGCUAUUGUCGCGAUCGCGUGUUACUCUGGCUAUAAUCAAGAAGACUCCGUCAUCAUGAACCAGAGCAGUAUCGAUCGAGGUCUGUUCAGAUCACUUUUCUUCCGAUCAUACACGGAUCAAGAGAAGCGAGUCGGAAUGAGUGUGGUUGAGGCUUUCGAGAAACCAAUCCGAUCUGAUACCAUGCGCAUGAAGCAGGGUACCUACGACAAGCUUGAUGAAGAUGGGAUCAUCACUCCGGGCUCGCGCGUCUCGGGCGAGGACAUACUUAUCGGAAAGACCGCUCCGAUGCCUCCAGAUGCUGAGGAGCUUGGUCAACGAACAAGUCUGCACAUCAAGCGUGAUGUCAGCACACCGUUGAGGUCCACUGAGAAUGGUGUCAUUGAUCAGGUACUCCUCACCACCAACACGGAAGGUCUUCGUUUCGUCAAGGUGCGAACACGAGUUACAAAAGUCCCACAGAUCGGUGACAAGUUUGCAUCUCGUCACGGACAGAAGGGUACUGUUGGUAUCACCUAUCGACAAGAGGACAUGCCCUUCACAGCAGAUGGUCUGACACCCGACAUCAUCAUCAACCCUCACGCCAUUCCCUCCCGUAUGACAAUUGCUCACUUGAUUGAGUGUCUCCUCUCCAAGGUCGGCGCACUGAACGGCCAAGAAGGUGAUGCCACACCCUUCACAGAUGUCACAGUCACAUCCGUCUCCGACAUUCUCGCCAGCCACGGCUUCCAGCAACGUGGCUUCGAAGUCAUGUACAACGGCCACACCGGCAAGAAACUCAACGCCCAAGUCUUCCUCGGACCUACCUACUACCAACGUCUUCGCCACAUGGUCGACGACAAGAUUCACGCGCGUGCUCGCGGUCCGCUCCAGAUCCUCACGCGCCAGCCUGUCGAGGGUCGUGCCAGAGAUGGUGGUCUCCGCUUUGGAGAGAUGGAGCGCGAUUGUAUGAUUGCGCACGGUGCUUCAGCUUUCUUGAAGGAGAGAUUGCUGGAUGUGUCUGACGCUUUCCGCGUUCACAUCUGCGAGAUCUGUGGGUUGAUGACACCGGUUGCGAGCUUGAAGAAGCAGCAAUUCGAGUGCAGGCCUUGCAAGAACAAGACGAAGAUUGCGCAGAUUAUCAUUCCGUAUGCAGCGAAGCUUCUGUUCCAGGAGCUGGCGGCUAUGAAUGUGGCUACGAGGAUGUUUACCACGCGGAGUGGUAUCAGCAUUCGGUAG